AAAGAACAAACAUCUGAUGGUGUUCUCUCCUAGCCAAUCAAAUGAAAAUAAGCAAUUGUUAAGUCAAUGCCAUACAACAAAACACAAUAAAUAAAAGCCGGUUGCAGUAAAGGGGUUUGUUGUUUUUCCAAACUAAAGAGUAAAGUUCGUUUGAGAUAUGAGUUUUCUACCAGACUCUGAUAGUGAAGAUGAACUGCCACCAGGAUGGGAGGAACAGGCUACGGAAAAUGGCUACGUUUGUUAUAUAAACAAACAAACAAAAGUAGCCCAGAUGACACAUCCACGCACAGGACGAUCAAAGCGCAUGACAUUGGAAUUGCCACUAGGUUGGGAGAAACGUUUCGAAGAGGGAACACAAAGGACAGUAUUUUUUAAUACCACUACACAACAAACAACUUAUAUGGAUCCACGUUUGGCAUUUGCCUUGGAAGAACCACCUAUGAAUAUAUCACAAGUACGGCAGCGUUUUGAUGGCAGCACUAAUGCUUUGCAAGUUUUGCAUGGCAAAGAUCUGCAUGGUCGUUUGGCCAUAGUGACGGGAGCUAAUAGUGGUAUUGGUUAUGAGACUACACGUUCAUUGGCAUUUCAUGGCUGUGAUGUCAUAAUGGCUUGUCGCAAUCGUUCUGCCACCGAAGAAGCUAUCGAACGUAUUGCUAAGGAUCGAGCUGCUUGUCGCAGCCGUUUGCGGUGGAUGUCAUUGGAUUUGGGCUCUUUUAAGUCUGUGUGUUCCUUUGUAGAAGAAGUUAAACAGAGUGUAAAGCACAUUGAUAUGCUGAUCUUAAAUGCUGGGGUUUUUGCUUUACCUUAUACCACUACUGAAGACGGGCUGGAAACAACAUUCCAAGUAUCGCAUUUAUCAAAUUUCUAUAUAACACAACAGUUGGAAUCGUUAUUCGAUCACAACACCCGUAUUGUGGUGCUUUCAUCAGAGUCCCACAGGUUUGCAAAUCUACCAGCGGAUAAUCUAACGCCACAACACUUGUCGCCGCCACCAGAGAAAUAUUGGAGCAUGAUGGCCUACAAUAAUGCCAAGUUAUGUAAUGUAUUGUUUGCUGCCAAGCUGGCAAAGCUUUGGAAGCACCGUGGCAUUUCUGUGUUCUCUGUCCACCCGGGCAAUAUGGUGUCAACGAGUAUACAAAGGAAUUGGUGGUUCUACCGUUUACUGUUUGCUUUAGUGAGGCCAUUCACUAAAUCGCUGCAACAGGCGGCAGCCACAAGUAUCUAUUGUGCCACUGCCAAUGAACUGACUGGCCUUACAGGGCUUUACUUCAACAAUUGUUAUUUCUGUGAGCCAAGCAAAUUGUCGCAAAAUGAGAAUUUGCAAAAUCAACUGUGGGCGAUAAGUGAGGAAAUGGUGACACGGCUCAAGGAACAAGGCAGCCAACAGCUGUUAUAUUAAGGACAAAAAUGAUGGACCCCUUUGUUUUUCUAUUAAAUUAGUGAUGAUUUUUUAACCAAUAAAUAAAGUAAAAAAUUAAAGUGAUUAUGUUUUUAAA